AUGAAAGCUGCCCUGAAAUCCUCUUCCAAACUCUCGCCAACGCGGCUGGAGGAUGGCGAUGGCAAGGACUCGGACAUGCCUCCCAAGCCUGAACAAUCCGAUUUGGGAGAAGCCGUUGAGAUUGAAGACGCAGUCUUUGGCCAGAUUACCCGGGAGGGUCCAAACUAUCGAAACGUCGGAUGGGUGGGAACGGUCGCCCUUAUGGUAAAGCAACAGUUCGGUCUCGGAGUGCUCGGUAUUCCAGAUGUGUUGAAUACUCUGGGAAUGAUUCCGGGUGUUAUAUGCAUACUUUGUAUUGCGUGCAUCACUACAUGGUCAUGCUAUACUGUCGGUGCUUUCAAACGACGGCACCCUGAGGUCUACGGAAUUGACGAUGCUGUUGGAAAGAUGCUUGGCCGCAUCGGAAAGGAGGCAUUUGCUGUUUCCCUCUGCAUCUAUUGGACAUUCUGCGCUGGAUCAGGCAUGGUCAGCACCGCCACUGGGCUCAACGCCAUCUCGUCCCACGCAACCUGCACCGCCGUCUUCGUCGUUGUUGCUGCCAUUGCCGCAUUUCUAAUCUCUAGCAUUCGCACUUUGUCUCGGAUGACCUGGGCUGCGUGGGCCGGCGUGAUUACUGUCUGCAUUGCUGUUAUCAUGGUGACUAUCGCCGUGGGCAUUCAGGAACGCCCAUCAGCUGCACCCCAAACGGGGCCUUGGAAGUCUGACUGGAAACUCGUCGGCAAUCCCUCCUUCACCGAGGCCGUAUCCGCCAUCGCCACUACCAUCUUCUCCUUCUCUGGCGUCCCCGGAUUCUUCCCCAUUGUGGCGGAGAUGCGCAACCCGGCAUUUUACAACAGGGCUCUCUUUACUUGCCAGGCGUUUGUUACGUCCAUGUACAUUGCCGUCGGCUGUGUCGUUUAUUACUACUGUGGCUCUUACGUAGCGUCUCCCGCUCUUGGUUCUGCUGGAAAGCUCAUCAAAAAAGUAGCCUACGGCAUCGCUCUUCCUGGCUUGCUGGUGAGCGGCGUCAUUGUUUAUCACUUCGCCAGCAAGUAUAUAUUUGUUCGCGCACUGCGAGGAUCGAAGCACCUCACAUCCAACACGUUCACCCACUGGGCUGUCUGGCUCGGAUCCACCUUUGGUGUUGGCGUCGUCGCCUACAUCAUCGCCAGCGGUAUCCCCGUUUUCGGCGCGUUGGUGUCCCUCAUCGGCGCCCUCUUUGGCACGCUCAUGUCCUUCCAGCCCUUGGGCUGUAUGUGGUUGUACGAUAACUGGAGCCGCGGCAAGACUAGGCCGACUCCGAGGUGGUACAUGAUGGUUGCCUGGAGUGUCUUUGUCAUCGUUUCUGGUACUUUCCUAAUGGUGGCAGGUACCUAUGGCUCCAUUGUCGGAAUUAUCGAUCUCAACAAAGCCAACGGCGGGUCGGCUGCCUGGUCGUGUGCGGACAACUCAAAUUCGAGCUGA